AUGAAGCCACCACCAUAUUCUUCUCCUUCCUCAUACUCCUCCAUCCUCCGAAAGGGCCGCCUCUCGCCAUAUUUCUUCACCUUGCUAGCUUUCAUCCUCUUCGUCACCAUUUUGUACGGUGAGGAUCUUAGCUGCAUUCUCGGCAGUCAGUUCGACUCUCGUUUUCCUUUGAGGUCACAUCAAACAAUGUCAUCGACAACUAAAAAGAAGAUAAGAGAUCAGAAGUUGGCUUUUGCAAUUGGUGAGACUAAGGAAAAUUGCGACGUAUUCACCGGGCGGUGGGUGUGGGACCCGGCUGGCCGGCCGCUUUACGAGGAGGCCGAGUGCCCUUACAUACAGCCACAGCUGACGUGUCAAGAGCACGGCCGGCCGGACAAAGACUAUCGGCAUUGGAGGUGGCAGCCUAGUGGUUGUUCUCUUCCAAGUUUCAAUGCAACAUUAAUGCUGGAAACACUUAGAGAUAAGAGGAUGAUGUUCGUAGGUGACUCAUUAAACCGUGGGCAGUAUGUUUCCAUGGUUUGUCUUCUUCACAGACUCAUCCCUCAAAAUGCCAAAUCCAUGCAAACUUUUGGUUCUUUAACUGUCUUCACAGCCAAGGAUUACAAUGCAACAAUUGAGUUCUACUGGGCCCCAUUUCUCCUCGAAUCCAAUUCAGACGACGCCAUUGUACACAGAAUAAGCGAUAGAAUCGUGCGAAAAGGCUCGAUAAACAAGCAUGGAAAACACUGGAAAGGGGUGGAUAUUAUGGUCUUCAAUACUUACCUAUGGUGGAUGACAGGCCAGGAAUUCAAAAUACUGCAAGGAUCUUUUGACGAUGAAGAGAAAGACAUUGUGAUGGUCUCAACAGAGGAAGCUUAUGGUAUGGCAAUGAAAAGCAUGUUGAGAUGGGUUAAGAAAAACAUGGAUCCCAAGAAAACUAGAGUCUUUUUCACUAGCAUGUCACCUUCUCAUGGAAAGAGUGUCGACUGGGGAGGAGAACCGAACGGCAAUUGCUACAACGAGACAAGCAUGAUAAGCGACCCCAACUAUUGGGGCUCGGAUUCCCGUAAAAGCAUAAUGCGGGUGAUCGGGCAAGUGUUCGGGAAAUCGAAGGUCCCCAUCACAUUCCUCAACAUCACCCAGCUGUCGAGCUACCGAAAGGACGCACACACGUCAAUCUACAAGAAGCAGUGGAGCCCUUUGACUCCCGAGCAGCUCGCGAACCCGGCCAGCUAUGCAGACUGCGUGCACUGGUGCCUGCCUGGGCUCCAAGACACGUGGAACGAGCUUUUGUUCGCGAAGUUGUUUUAUCCUUAA